AUGACGAUGGAAAACAUGGGCGAGCUCCCGGGCGAUCAACAAAUCAACGGUGAUUCGUCUAACGGAACGGCCACUCAGAGCCAACCUUCUCCUGGAGAAGGGGAUUACGUGAAUGCUCAAGACGAACUCGAGACGAGCAUCACUCGCUCGGAGGCCAUUCCGGUCAGUGUGAGCAGCAUGAUCGACUCCAGCGAGUUCCGCUCCCAGAUGGGCGAUGUUACAUAUCAUACACUGAACGGUCGGAUGAGCCCUAGUUACAGCCCAAACAACUACGCCACUUUGACGCCGUUACAGCCACUUCCUCCGAUUUCUACCGUUUCGGAUAAGUUCAGUCAUGUCAACGUUACAGGUCCUAAUGUCAGCGGCAGUUUCACACUCAUGCCCCAGAACAACGGUCUGGGCGCCGGACUUAUGGAUAUGGCUGCAUAUGGACACAGGUAUCAUGAGAAGUUGACCAUGGCAGGGGUGAGUAUGAACAUGGGGCCCACUCUUGGGGCCACUGCCAUGACUAUGAUGUCAGGAAACAACUUAAACUACCAACAGAGUUUAGGCUCUUAUGGGUAUAUACAAAAUGGGUUAGUAUCCCCUAAGUCAGAGCCCAAGAUGGCAUCACCAGACAGUUAUGUUGACUCUUACGCAUCAUCGCCCAUGCGAAUAGACCACAACACAAGAUUACAUUCACCAAAUUCUAUGAUGGUAUCCAUAAAUGGAAUUCACAGUGCCCCUACACCAUCACCUCACAGCGAAAGUCCACAGCGAGAGCGACCAGGCACAUCGCUGGACAUUCAAAGCAAACAGCAACAACAACAGCAGCAGGAUAUUGAGGAGAUCAACACCAAGGAACUGGCUCAGAGAAUCAGCAGCGAACUCAAACGCUACAGCAUACCGCAAGCUGUCUUCGCCCAGAGAGUUUUGUGUAGAAGUCAAGGCACACUAAGUGACCUUUUACGAAAUCCCAAACCGUGGAGCAAACUUAAAUCUGGCAGAGAAACAUUUCGACGAAUGUGGAAAUGGUUACAGGAACCGGAGUUUCAGAGGAUGUCGGCGCUUCGUCUUGCAGACAAGAACUCGUACCAAAAAUGUGAGGCUGUAGUGUUUCUACAUACACCCAGACAAGAACUCGUACCAAAAAUGCGAGGCUGUAGAUAUUUUACCAGUGUGGUAGUUCCUCAGUGGAUGUCUGUUCCUAUACAGACUAGUUCACAGCUGUAUGAAAUCCUCAGUGGAUGUCUGUCCCAAUACAGACUAGUUCACAACUGUAUGAAGUCUUCUGUGGAUGUCUGUCCCUAUACAGACUAG